CAUGGCGAGGCGGACUGGGGACAGAGCUCGGGCUCCGACGCCGAGCGCUGCUUUCCGGGAUAAAGCCGUGCGCCUUCGCGGCGGCUUGGUUCUGAUUUGUUUGGCUCUUUCUGCUCGUGGAUUCUGCGGAGCAGACACGGAGUUCUCUAUCCUGGAAGAAGCUCAAGUUUUAGCGGAGCAGAUGAAACAGCUUUCCUCUCAGGAGCUGGGAGUCUUUACUAUGCAGAGGAUUUUCAACUCGUUUGUGUACACAGAGAAGACAUCAAACGGAGAGACAGAAGUGCAGCAGCUGGCUAAGAAGAUUCGGGAGAAGUUUAAUCGUUACCUGGAUGUGGUAAACAGGAACAAACAGGUGGUGGAGGCUUCGUACACCGCCCAUCUCACCUCUCCACUCACUGCAGUACAGGACUGCUGCUCCAUCCCAGCAUCUAUGAUAGAGUUUGAUGGACACUUUAAUACCAACGUCUCCAAGACCAUCUGCUGUGACAGACUUUCUCCCAACGUCAACAGCAGAGCCUUCAAUCCUGGGCGCGAGCUCAACUCAGUGUUGGCUGACAACCUGAAGUCCAACCCAGGGAUAAAGUGGCAGUACUUCAGCUCAGAAGAAGGCAUCUUUACAGUCUUCCCUGCCCACAAGUUCCACUGCAAAGGAAACUACGAGCAUCGCAGCCGACCGGUGUAUGUCUCUGCAGUCCGUUCCCAGUCCAAACACAUUAUUGUGAUGGUGGAUCAUGGAGCGUCUAUAACUGACACCCAGCUUCAGAUCGCCCGUGACUCUGCACUGGUCAUCCUAAAUGCCAUUGAUGAGCAUGAUAAGAUCUCCAUCUUGUCUGUGGCAGAAACCGUUCGCUCCUGUUCUUUGGACCAGUGCUAUAAGAGUCUGCUGUCUCCAGCCACCAGUGAGACUAAGAGGAAGAUGAGCACCUUCAUCUCCAACAUCAAGGUCUCCAGUGGAGCCACCCAGCACGCAGCUGGCUUCCAGAAGGCUUUCCAGCUGCUUCGCAACACUAGCAGCAUCAUCAAACAGAGCAGCACUACAGACAUGGUUAUUAUCUACCUGUCGUCUGGUGUUACAUCCCGAGAUUCGUCAGAACUGGAGAAGAGAUCCACUCUCAGCGUGGUCAGAGAGGAGAACCGACACCUCAACAACUCUGUCAUGAUCCUCACUUAUGCUCUCAUGAACGAGGGAGUCACAGGUUUGAAGGAGCUGGCCUUCCUGAGAGACCUCGCUGAGCAGAAUUCAGUGAAGUACGGCGUCGAUCGAACGUUCGACCGAGAGCGCUUCUCCGCUGCAUCGCUGCCUGGAUCGACCGGAGCUUCAUUGAUGCCGGUGGUAAAGGGCAGCAUGAUGGUGCUGAACCAGCUGAGCAACCUGGAGACGACCGUGGGCCGUUUUUACAUCAACCUGCCCAAUCGCAUGAUUGACCUGGCUCGUUUCAGCCUGCCCUACUCUGAUCCCAUGGGAGACGGGUUCAUCAUGACUGUGAGUCGGCCAUGUUACUUUGGUAACAUGCUGCUGGGCGUAGUCGGGGUUGAUGUAAAUCUCGCUUACAUACUGGAGGACGUCACCUAUUAUCAAGACUCGCUGGCUUCAUACACCUUCCUCAUUGACAACAAAGGUUACACCUUGAUGCACCCGUCGCUGACCCGACCCUACCUGAUGACAGAGCCUCCGCUGCACACAGAUAUCAUCCACUACGAGAAUAUCCCAGGCUUCCCUGCUGUCCGACAGAACAUCCUCAGCCUUCCUUUGGGCAGUCAGGUUAUUGCUGUGCCGGUUAACUCCUCCCUGUCCUGGCACACCAACCGACUCAGGGACAACAGCAAAGAGGCGUACAAUGUCAGCUAUGCCUGGAAAUUGGUCCAGGACACAUCUUUCAUCCUGUGCAUUGUGUACGUGCAGCCUGAGAUCCCAGUGAAGCAGCUGAAGAACCUGAACACGGCUCCCAGCUCUAAGCUGCUCUACCAUCGCUUGGAUCUGCUGGGUCAGCCCAAUUCCUGCCUGCACUUCAAGCAGCUUGCCACCGUUGAAUUCCCCACAGUGAUGCUGUCAGCUGGAAGCUUCUCCUCCCCUUAUGAGCACCUCAGCCAGCCAGAAACAAAGCGGAUGGUGGAGCACUACACGGCCUAUCUGAGUGAUAACACCAGGCUCAUUGCCAACCCGGGCCUCAAGUCCUCCGUCAGGAACGAGGUUAUGGCAACCAGUCACGUUACGGAUGAGUGGAUGACACUAAUGGAAAUGAGUAGCCUCAACUGCUACAUUGUGCGCCGUUACAUAGCAACACCCAGCGGGGUGCUCCGGAUUUACCCAGGAUCGCUGAUGGACAAAGCAUUCGACCCGACCCGCAGACAAUGGUACCAGCAUGCUGUGGCUAACCCUGGUCUCAUCACCUUCACCGGUCCGUACCUGGAUGUUGGCGGGGCAGGCUACGUUGUCACCAUCAGCCACACUAUUCAUGCCUCCAGUUCUCAGAUGGCUCCUGGUUAUGCAGUUGCAGUGAUGGGUAUAGACUUCACUCUUCGCUACUUCUACAAGGUCCUGCUGGAUCUGUUGCCCAUCUGUAACCAGGACAAAGGCCACAAGAUCAGGUGCUUCAUAAUGGAGGACAGAGGCUACCUGGUUGCUCACCCCACUCUCAUUGAUCCUAAAGGCCACGCUCCUGCAGAACAGCAGCACAUCACACAUAAGGAGCCACUUGUUGCCAACGAUAUCCUGAACCACCCCAACUUUGUCAAGAAAAAUCUGUGUAACAGCUUCAGCGACCGCACAGUGCAGCGCUUCUACAAGUUCAACACCAGCAUCAUGGGGGAUCUCACAAACCUCGUCCACGGCAGCCAUUGUUCCAAGUACCGCCUGACAAGAAUCCCCGGCACCAAUGCGUUUGCUGGUAUAGUGAAUGAGACGUGCGACUCGUUGGCCUUCUGCGCCUGCAGCACAGUGGACCGACUCUGUCUCAACUGCCACAGGAUGGAGCAGAAUGAAUGUGAGUGUCCGUGUGAGUGCCCGCUGGAGGUCAACGAGUGCACAGGCAACCUCACCAAUGCUGAGAACAGGAACCCUAGCUGUGAGGUGCAUCAAGAACCAGUCAGUCUGAAUGUGAUUGAUCCCAGUCUGCAUGACACCCUGCCCCAGUGCGUCAACACCCUCUGCAGCCAGAGAUACACCAGCAGUGACUGUUUUGGCGUGUUGAACUGCGAGUGGUGCAUGGUGGACAGCGACGGGAAGACUCACCUGGACAAGCCGUACUGCGCCCUGCAGAAGGAGUGCUUUGGAGGCAUCGUUGGUGCCAAAAGUCCAUAUGCAGACGGUCUGGGGCUUAUUGAUGAGGAGGUGGCAUCGUUAAACAUGAUCAAGAGCGCCCCCGUGGGUCCAGUCGCUGGGGGCAUCAUGGGAUGCAUCAUGGUGCUGGUGUUGGCUGUGUACGCAUACAGACACCAGAUCCACAGACGCUCACACCAGCACAUGUCGCCGCUGGCUGCACAGGAAAUGUCUGUGAGAAUGUCCAACCUUGAUAAUGAGAGGGAUGAGAGGGAUGAGGACAGCCAUGAGGACAGAGGGAUCAUCAGUAACACCAGAUUUAUAGCUGCGGUGAUUGAGAGACACACUCACACACCUGAGCGGAGACGGAGAUACUGGGGCCGAUCUGGGACGGAGAGCGACCACGGCUACAGCACCAUGAGUCCACAGGAGGACAGCGAGAAUCCGCCUGGAAACAACGACCCGCUCUCAGCGGGCGUCGACGUCGGUAACCACGAUGACGACCUGGAUCUGGACACGCCCCCUCAGACAGCCGCACUACUGAGCCACAAGUUCCACCCGUACAGACACACGCACCACCACCCGCUGCACACGCACACACACCACCUGCAGGCGGCGGUGACGGUGCACAGUGUGGACGCAGAGUGCUGAUCCUCGCCUCCCUGAUAGAGAUGGAACUCUGUUUUAACAAAGACUAUUUAAAAGAAAUUAAAACGCGUGCUUCGUUAGACGGCACACGCUGUGGUGUUUUCAGGUUAGAUGAACUGAUGAUGAGGAGGGGACGCCACAGACGGACAGAGCGCCUCGUAGCUUCAGGUUUUCAUUACAUGAAUGUUGGAUGAUGCCACAAGCUGCCGUCAUGGCAGCAUCUCUGUCUUGUUCUAUUCAAAUGUAAAAUAUGGCAGAAAUGUCUGACUGGGGACAAAGCAGUUGGGAUUGUCUGUUUUGUCUUCUGGAAUCACCGCUACGAGCACAACUUUCAGGAGAACAUAAGACCCAUUUGAGCCUAUUCAUCAGACACUUCAGAGAACAGAAUACAAAUGGAGCCCAUAAGCUUCAUGGGGAAACAGAAUCAUUUCUCAGCGUUGGACAGGAAGAGUGGAUAACUGAAAUAAAGCUGGGGCCUGACGUGGAUUGUUGCUCAACCCUAAACUGGCAGUCCCCCUGCAAAGGCCUCUCGCUGUGAGGUGCACAAAAGGAACAGAGUGCACUUCAAAAAACCAGGACGCAUCCCUGGUAAAGAAUAAAAUGUUUUUUAACAAAGAACUGGUUCUAGAAGGAUUCUAACAUGGCAUUAUUUCCCUCAAUCUUUACUCUCCAUGGUGCAGAAGAUGAACUUUCUAGACUUGUUUUUCUCUGAAAGUUGCAGCAUUUUAUUUUAUUUUUUUGUUUUUUAAGGCUCCUGAAUUCACCCGACAUGAUAUGGGGUAAUAUCAGGACACUUUCCUGAAUGUCUGUAAACUUCAAAAUGGGAUAAAGCUUCAGUGUUUCACAUAAGAUAACAUUACAAAGAGCACAAUAUUAUUUUUCUAUUAUUUAUUAAAACGAUAAACUUUCAAGACAGUUGGAAAAAGCUAAAUAAAGACAGGAAAUACUCUGGAAACCGGUGCAUCAGAUUUAUUUAGGCUCAUUCUUCUAGAUUUUACUUUUCAUGAAAAUGUUGUCUAA